AUGGACUACAAAAUUUGCGACGAAACCUUUCAAAAAGCUCAAAACGACUUCAAAAACUGCCUAUUAGACACCAUAGACUCCAUAAAUUUUUCAAAAAUUAAAUUAUCCAAAGCUCAGCCACCACUUCUGCCUAAUUAUAAAUUGAAAGAACCAGCAACAAAUCCAUGCAACCACGAUCGACUUCGGAAAAGCGUUUUGAAAAGUCAAUCUUCGAUUAAACGAAGCCUAAUGACUAUAAAUAAUAUUGUACACCAAUGGAAUUUAUUGAUUUUGCCUUAUCAGGAACUCAGAGCUUUAUCUGGACAGUUUAUUGAGCAUGAAAAUUUUGGGAAAUCAUCAAAUAGAGACUAUUUAGAGGCUGUGAGGUGUUUAAAAGAAGUUUUGGAUGAAAUUAAAGAUGUCGAAUCAAAAACGGGAAAGUUUUUUGAUGAUUUUCAAUAUUUUGAUGACGAAUAUAAAAAUUUACCCUCAGGAAAUUAA